AAACAUUGUAGGUGGUAUAAUAAUAUUCAACAAUUCUGCGAGUGUUUCAGUGAUACCUUUAUCAUUAGAACCUAGCUGAUUUUUGCUCCGAGGUGCAUACCUACUUAUAGGUAUAAGAUAAACAUUUUUAAAAUGAAUGUGACAGUGAUCGUUAUAUGUUUAAUCAUAAUAGUGAUUUUAUUUGAAAUUUUCGAUCGUGUUAAAAACAAAAGAAAGUACGAAUUGCUCAAACAAUUCCCAUCGUACCCGAAAUAUCCGCUCAUAGGAAAUGCACUGAUGAUUUUUGGUCCGAUGAAUGAUGUAUUAACGAGAUUUGAUAAAUUACUCGAACCCUACGAUCGCCUUGUUUUUUGGCUGUGUUCAGUUCCUGUGCUAUUUUUAAAAAAACAUGAAGAUAUCGUAACAAUAUUGAGCCAGAGUCAUCAUCGAGAUAUGCUCGGAUUAGCGACCGAAUGGAUCGGUACUGGAAUACUAAACGAAGAAUACGAAGAAUGGAAAAAAUCGAGAAGAAUCCUAGCACCGGCUUUCAGUUCAGAAAUGCUUUCAAAAUACAUGGACACCUUUAACGAACAAUCUUUAGCUUUGGUAAAUACUUUUAAAAAAGUGGCAGAUACUGGCGAAGUGAUAAAUGUUUGCGAUUACUUGACCAAGGCUAACAUCCACACCAUUAUUGAAAAUUCUAUCGGUGUUUCAAUUCAAAGUACUGGAGAAAAAGGAGAGAAAUCAGCUGAGGCGGUUUAUGCGGCAUUCCACAAUAUAGCAAUACGUAUUAUAACACCAUGGCUACAUCCAAGUUUUAUUUACAAUGUGUACCUAAAAAUUACUGGGAAGAGUGAUAUCGUUAAGCAGCUACAUUCAUUGCCAACUGAAAUCUUGAAAGACAAAGUGGCAAAAUAUCGAAAUGAAAAACAGCAAUUUGACCAUGUUGACUCUUCGAAAACAAUAAUGGAUCAGCUGAUCAAGGGAGGUUUGCAAGAGCCUAGUUUUACCGAGACACGUAUGAGAGAUGAAUUACUACAAAUAAUUGCAGCAGCAGUUGAAACUUCAUCGAUGAACGCGUGCUUUUUAAUGCUAAUGUUAGCUAUUCAUCAGGAUGUUCAACAAAAGGUAUACGAGGAAAUCACCCAACUACUAGAAAACCAUGAAAAAGUCACUCCAGAUCAUGCAUUCAAUCAUAUGAAAUAUUUAGAGCAAUGUAUUAUGGAAACAACUCGAGUGUAUACUCAAUCGGUAGCGACACUCAGACGAACACAUAAGGAAUGUGUAUUGAAAGAUGGUAAAAUCGUUCCAGAAAAUACGUUAGUUUUCUUAGCCCUUCAUUGGGUUCAUUACGAUAAAGAUUUGUAUAAAAAUCCAUUCAAAUGGGAUCCUGAAAAUUUUAACGAACAAGUGGAACAGAGUCGACCAAAAAAUAGUCUUUUGAGCUUCGGAUAUGGACCACGAUCUUGCUUAGGACAGAAAUACGCAAUGAUGACGAUCAAAACGCAAAUCGCACAUAUUUUACGAAACUAUCAUUUAUCAACCAAUAUGAAAGAAUUUGCGUAUGAUAAUUUAACGGGGGAUGUUGCGAUCAGAAGCAAAAUUGGAUACCCCAUCAAAUUUACCAGCAGACAAAAAUUGAUGUGAUAAAGUCAUUUUUAAUAAACAAGGAGUCGCGAUAGAGCCAUUUUUUGGCCCCAGACAAUUUAUCAACUCGAAUACCUAAUCUUUAAAAAUGUUGUAAUGAAUGUCCCAAAUUCGAAUUAGUGGCUCCUUAGUUAACUCAAACUGACCAUUUUUGGGCUCCAAGAGUUCCCAAAGUUGUGAAUAAAUAAAUAAUUU